UCUUCAUAAUAUUUGAAGUCUUCUGUGCUUAGAAUAGAGAUAUGUCAGUAUGGAAGGAAAUGAGGAAAUGUCACAAGUUCUGUCUUCUUUGUGAACUGAACAAAUUAGACUUCCUUCUGUGGAAAACCCUUUGCUGGAGAUGCCAUCUGUAGAUGAACUCUUUUAGUGUUUUGGGACUUGGGCAUACUCGAUCACCUGUAUAUUUCCUCUGAAAAAUAAUAGAAAACAGGUAAAACUGGCUGCCUCUAAUUCUGUUCGGACUGUUUAAAUACAAGUCACUCAAACCAAGCAUUUUGUUUCAGAUAAAAAUCCUGUUGGUGUAGAUUUGUCUUACUUUACAUUAAACUGUAGAAAGACUUAUCAUGAGAAUUUUUAGUAGCUUACAAGGACUAUUCUUUCUUAAUGUUUUAAUGUCUUCUUAAAUAUGUUAAAUACAUGAAACCAAUAUGAUACACAAUUAAAGUGGUACAUGCUGCCGCUGUAAGUAUAUCUUCAAACUUAGACUUCUGAAUACCUUUUUAACUUUUUUUUUUUAAUUGAAAUUUUACAGGGAGUUGAGUUAGUGUAAAGGAAUUGCAAGAGCUGUCUUUAAACAAGGAUUUAACUGUUGCUGAAAGACAUUCCACGUUUCCAGUGUUCAGGCUAAAAACUGUGAAAUCUGCACGUAGUUCUGGCUACAGCAAUUUCUAACACUUCUUGUGAUCAGAGAUAAAACCUGUAAUUUAAAUACUGUAUUAUCAGUUUAUAAAAACAGAAGCAAAACAUUUAAAGAACCAGUGCUUACAGAUUUAUAUCGUAAUUUGAGUAUUUUAGAACUUGUAUUGGCUUCGUGAUGUCAUGCAGGAUGGAAUGUUGUGAAUAAAUUCUUCCUUUAGUCUGGCCAGCACAAAUGUACUUUGAACAGUUGGUAGGCGUGCAGCCUGUUAAAUUAAGGCAUGCUAGCAUGGCUGUCUUCCAGAGUGGUUAGCUUGGGAUUUGAACACUGUUCCAAACAUUUCUUCUGCGUAUUCAGAUGAAGCACUUAGAAUGAUGUAAUUGUCUGCCACACAAAUGUUGGUCUUCUGAACUUCUGAUUUCUUUAUACCAUUUAUUUGUGCCACAUGGCAGUGGCAUGCACCAACAGACUUAGUUUCCUAGAUUUCAUAGAAGCACUUUCAGUUUUUUUGUUUUUCAUCAAAAUUCCCAGUGUCUCUCUUGAGAAACUUUUUAUUAGGAAGAAUAAUAGUGUUAAUGGGCUUUGUUAGUACAGACUUCCGGCCUUAAAGAAACACUUUUUUGAGAGUGUGAGUGAGCGAGCACUGGAACAGAUUGCCUAGAGUGACCAUGGAAUGUCCACUUUUGGAGAUAGCCGAAAGUCAUCUCUUGGUGGUCCUGAGCAGCCUGCUCUUAGGUAGCUCUGCAUGAAUAGGGAGUUGGACAAGGUACCUCCAGAAGUCUCUUUUGAUCUCAAUCAUUGUGUGAAAAUUUUGUAACUGCCUGGUAAAAUCUUUAAUACUCUUACCAAUCCUACUGUGACAGGGAGCAAUAAAACUAUAUUGCAACCAAAACUUGAUGAGCACUUGGAGCUCCUGCUGACCACAUCAGGCAUUUGGCUCUGUGCCCUGAUGGGGACGCCAGCCCUGUGUUCCCAGUGGUUGUGUCAGCCUGUGCAGACUGUACAUAGUGUGAUACCACUCUGAUUGUGAAUCCUAAUGUUAUUUUAUCUCGUGCAGAACAUGCACUUUAAAACUCUUUAAGACCUUAUUUCAGAGCAAAAGUGUUUAAAAUGCAAAUUUGUGUAUUCUUCCUUUGCUGUAUGACAGUUUCAUGUUUAACCAACAUUUAUCUACAUAGGAGUGACAUAGCUGUGAGCAUCUCUCUGGUAUCUGUUUGAAGAGGACACUGUUGGGGGGCCCAGAUUUGUGCAUCUGUAUUUCCAAUACAGAGUGAAAAUUCUGAAAAUGGCUUGAUUUGCUCUUGGUCUUGGCUGUGUUUCUGAUGAGUGUCCCACGGACUCUGUCAAGUUCUGGGGGUUCUCCUCUAGCACUGAGGAGCAGAACCCUGAGCAGCAGCCUGGCAUCAGUGGAAACGUUUUUCUGUCAUUCUCCUUAAAAGAGCAGCUCAAGAUGAGUGACUAUUCUGGACUUCCAAGUGACCACAGCCAGAUGAUUGCUGAAGACUCAGAAAUUCAAGCAAAGCCUGAACACUCGCAUGAAGUUCUUCAGGAAGAUAUUGAAAUGAGCAGUGGCUCUAGUGGAAAUGAUUCCAGUGGAAAUGACUCCAGUGGAAAUGACACAAAUGAAAACUAUUCAAGUGGGCAUGAUUCUCAUGGUCAUGAAUCUGAUGAAAAUGGGAAGGAUUCAGCAAUGCUUAUGGAAUCUUCAGACUGUCAUAAAAGUUCAAGCUCAAAUGCAUUUAGUCUGAUGAUUGCAAACUCUGAACACAAUCAGUCCAGCAGUGGAUGCAGUAGUGAGCAAUCCACUAAAGCCAAAACACAAAAGGAAUUGCUGAAAACACUGCAGGAGCUGAAAGCUCACCUUCCUUCUGAGAAGAGAGUCAAAGGCAAAUCCAGUGUCCUAACGACGCUGAAAUAUGCCCUUAAAAGCAUUAAACAAGUUAAAGCCAAUGAGGAAUAUUACCAGUUGUUGAUGAUUAAUGAAUCCCAACCUGCUGGUCUCAAUGUAUCCUCUUACACAGUGGAAGAAGUGGAGACUAUAACCUCAGAAUACAUCAUGAAAAAUGCAGAUAUGUUUGCUGUAGCCGUUUCUUUGAUAACUGGGAAAAUUUUGUACAUCUCUGAUCAAGCUGCUUCUAUUCUCCGCUGCAAGAGGGGUUAUUUUAAAAAUGCCAAAUUUGUGGAGCUCUUGGCGCCUCAGGAUGUCAGCGUGUUCUAUACUUCUACCACCCCAUACAGAUUACCAUCAUGGAACAUUUGCAAUAGAGCUGAGUCUUCCACCCAGGAUUGCAUGGAAGAGAAAUCUUUUUUCUGUCGCAUCAGUGCAGGAAAGGAGCGUGAAAAUGAGAUUUGCUAUCACCCAUUCCGGAUGACUCCCUACCUUAUCAAAGUGCAAGAUCCAGAAAUAGCAGAAGACCAGCUUUGCUGUGUGUUGCUUGCGGAAAAAGUCCAUUCUGGUUAUGAAGCACCCAGAAUUCCUCCUGACAAAAGGAUUUUCACAACUACGCACACACCGACCUGUUUGUUUCAGGAUGUAGAUGAAAGAGCAGUACCUCUGUUGGGAUACCUACCUCAGGAUUUAAUAGGAACACCAGUCUUGGUGCAUCUUCACCCAAAUGACAGACCCUUAAUGUUAGCAAUUCACAAAAAAAUUCUUCAGUAUGGAGGGCAGCCUUUUGACUAUUCACCCAUCAGGUUUUGCACAAGGAAUGGAGAUUAUAUCACCAUGGACACCAGCUGGUCCAGUUUCAUCAACCCUUGGAGUCGAAAAGUUUCAUUUAUUAUUGGCAGACACAAAGUCAGGACGGGUCCCUUAAAUGAAGAUGUCUUUGCUGCUCCCAACUACACAGAGGACAGAAUCCUUCACCCCAGCGUUCAGGAGAUCACGGAGCAGAUCUAUCGGCUCCUGCUGCAGCCUGUACACAACAGUGGAUCCAGUGGCUAUGGAAGUCUGGGUAGCAAUGGUUCACAUGAGCACUUGAUGAGUGUGACAUCCUCCAGUGACAGCACAGGAAAUAAUAAUGAAGACAGUCAUAAGGAUAAACCAGAGGUUUGUCAAUAUGCCCGUAAGGUCAAGAAUAAAGGACAGCAUAUUUUCACUGACAGUAAAGCAAAACUCGACUACAAGAAAGAGUCUUUGGCAGAGAAGCAGAAUACUGCUGGUGGUCAGGUGAAAGGUGUAGGGGGAAAGGAUACUGCAGGAACAGUUGCUCCAAAGAAUGUGACUACUGAAGAGUUGGCUUGGAAAGAGCAACCUGUGUAUUCCUAUCAGCAGAUCAGCUGUUUGGACAGUGUCAUCAGGUACUUGGAGAGUUGUAAUGUGCCUGGUACAGCAAAAAGAAAAUGUGAGCCUUCAACAAGUGUUGCAUCACUGAGUUCUGGAGUUCAUGAACAAAAAGCAGCUGAUAAUUCUAUCCAGCCAUUAGGAGAUCCUGCUGUGUUGAAGGCAUCUGGUAAAUCAAGUGGUCCCCCAGUGGUUGGUGCUCACUUAACAUCUUUGGCUUUACCUGGCAAGCCUGAAAGUGUUGUGUCUCUCACCAGUCAGUGCAGCUACAGUAGCACCAUUGUUCACGUUGGAGACAAAAAACCACAACCUGAAUUAGAAAUGAUAGAAGAUGGUCCAAGUGGAGCAGAAAUCAUAGAUGGCCAACUUCUUGCCCCUCCAUCCAGCUCUGCACACAUAAAUCAAGAGAAGGAGCCAUUUAAAAAACUGGGACUUACAAAAGAGGUCCUUGCAGUGCAUACGCAAAAAGAGGAGCAGAGCUUCUUGAACAAAUUCAAAGAAAUAAAGAGAUUUAAUAUUUUUCAAUCACACUGCAAUUACUACUUACAAGAUAAACCAAAAGGACGGCCUGCUGAACGUGGUGGCCGUGGACAAAGAAACACCACUUCUGGAGUGGAUCAGCCUUGGAAGAAGAGUGGAAAGAACAGGAAAUCCAAGCGCAUUAAACCCCAGGACUCUUCGGACAGCACAACUUCUGGAGCUAAAUUCCCCCACCGGUUCCCCCUCCAAGGUUUAAAUACCACAGCCUGGUCGCCAUCAGAGACUUCCCAAGCCAGCUACUCCGCAGUGUCCUUCCCCACCGUCAUGCCUGCGUAUUCCCUUCCUGUUUUCCCAGCAGCAGGGACGGUGCCACCGGCUCCUGAAACUUCACUCUCUGGUUUCAGUCACUUGCCAGACUCUGCCAACACUUGCUCUGUGGGGCCAUCCCAGUUCUCUGCGCCCUUCAUGACCCCUGUGGUGGCUCUUGUGCUCCCCAACUACGUGUACCCGGAGAUGAACAAUAACUUACCUCAAACGCUUUACCCCAGCCAGCCCAACUUCCCUGCCCACCCCCCCUUCUCCUCACAGACGGUGUUCCCUGCACAGCCCCCCUUUGCCACAGGCAGCCCCUUCCCACAGCAGGCGUUUUUCCCAGCACAGCCAUUCCAGUACAGCCCCGCGGCGGAGCCGGAGAGGGCUCCUGUGGAGCCCCGCCACGACCCCUCCCGUUCCUGCACUCCGCAGUCGCCGGCUCCGCAGGACCAGGCUUCGCCUCCGCUCUUCCAGUCCAGGUGCAGCUCUCCUCUGAACCUCCUGCAGCUGGAGGAAACCACGAAAACCGCCGAGAGCGGAGCUGCUGCGGCCCUGCACGGGGCUCUGGGUGAGGAGGGAGCCAUAGGCAGCAUCAGGGCGGCAGACAACGGCAGCGGGAAGGAAUCCUUACCUGCUGAAUCUCCAAUGGAUGCUCAAAACAGCGAUGAGCUCUCCAUGUCCAGUGUCCUGCUUGACAUUUUACUGCAGGAGGGUGCAUGCUCAGGCACUGGCUCAGCCUCUUCAGGGAGUGGUGUGUCUGCAGCUGCUGAGUCCCUGGGCUCGGGGUCCAAUGGCUGUGGCAUGUCAGGGAGCAGAACAGGUAGCAGUGAAACUAGUCACACCAGCAAAUACUUUGGCAGCAUUGAUUCCUCAGAGAAUCACCAUAAAACCAAAAUGAAGACAGAAAUGGAGGAAAGUGAGCACUUCAUCAAGUAUGUGCUUCAGGAUCCCAUCUGGCUGCUGAUGGCCAACACAGAUGACACAGUGAUGAUGACUUACCAGAUCCCCUCCAGGGAUUUGGAAACAGUUUUAAAGGAAGAUAAGCAGAAAUUGAAGCAAAUGCAGAAACUACAGCCAAAAUUUACAGAAGAACAAAAACGAGAGCUUAUUGAAGUUCAUCCAUGGAUCCAGCAAGGUGGACUGCCAAAAACUGUUGCUAAUUCUGAAUGUAUUUUUUGUGAGGACAAUAUACAGAGCAAUUUUUAUACAUCAUAUGAUGAAGAAAUCCAUGAAAUGGACCUUAAUGAAAUGAUUGAAGAUAGUGGAGAAAACAACUUGGUUUCCCUGAAUCAAGUCAGUGAAGAACAAACAUAGCCUUUGAGCCUGUUGUUUUGAAAAUUGCUUCAAAACGACAGUGAAGGAUCCACAGAGGUUUUAAUCUUCUAUCCAGCAGGAUGAAUGCAGUUCAUAAAAGCAAAUGUGUUUUUCUUGCUCUAGAAGAGUCAUUUGUGAAUGAAUCUCUUUUUAAAUGGUGGCAAUCUCUUCCCAGUAAGGACAUUGUUGAAGAUGGUAUAGCUUUUCUUUAAAAGACUCAUUUUGCACUUACAUGCCUCAAGUAUUUCUUUAUAAACUAUAGACACUUUCAUUGAUGCCUACUGAUUUUUGUAGAGUGGGUUAAGAAGUGCUGAAAUCUCCUGACAUACAUACUGUUCUUCAGAUCUCCUUUUGGUGAUGGUUCAGCAUUAUAAAUUGUUGAGCAAUUUUGCUUAGUGGCUCUUUAGCAUUGUUCUUAAUAUUUGAAGUGGUCCAGCAUAGUAGGAGAAAUAACCUUCAAGGAAAUCAAUUCACAUUUGCCCUUCUCAUACCAGUUGAUCCUCUUUGUUUGUCUCCUCUAGUUUUGAAUGUAGAAACUCUUUUUGUCUAAGAGGAAUGUUGAGCUGAUUUUAUAAGAUGGUCUGGUACUAAAGUUCAUGUUGAUGUGUAAGUACAGAGGACUGUAGACAACUCUGUAGCCUUUUAUGUAAAUGGACACUGCAAAACAAUGAACUGUUUAUUACCUUGAAGCAUAAUUUCUGAGAAAUUUGUACUCAAGAAAUCCUUAUGCUUAAAGAUUUUAAAAACUUAGGACCACAGAAGAUGACUGCCCAUGUUCCAGUGGCUGUUAGACAGAACUUGGGCUAACUUUAACCUUUAUUUCUGACUUGUUUUGUCAGGAGGUUGGCUGUCAGUUUUUCCAAUGUGGCUAAACAAACAUCAAAUUUGUAUGUGACAAGAGAGAAAUCGAUGUGGCUUGUCCUUUGAAGAUAGCUUUUAUAAAAAAAGAAGUGAUUUUGAGAAUAGUGUUGACUCACGCUAUUUGAUUUACAUAAUCUCAAAUUUAGGGUGGCUGGAAUCCUUUGCUGUUAAAGAUUUCAUUUUAAUGCCUCUGAGAUUGUAUUGACUUGAAUGUGUGUACUUUAUGUUCUUGUGCUCUUUAUGUCUGUUGGAUGUGGGAAGAAAACAUGAGAGAACAACUGUUAGUAUGUUGGUUAGUUAAAGGACUAAUUUAGUCCUUCAAAGCAGUUUAGUUGCUGUGUUGCUAGAUGUCAGCUGUAAGUCUUGGGGUGAAAAAUUAUGAAAGUUAAUUCAAUUAACUUCGAUAUGUUUGUCUUAAAAUAUUUUUUAUGGAAAGCAUUUCCUUUUUUCAUAGGAUAACAUUUCUUUUCACUGAAAUUUAAGGUUAUUUUCAUUCUAUACAAAUAUUUCUCUUUGUAUACAGAGAGGAUGUGAAGUUAGAUCUGACACCAAAAACAUGCAAAAGUGACUCGUAUUCGCUUAGCAGAAGAAAUAAUUUGUUUAAAGUAAUUAGUUAUUAAUUGGAGAAUUUGCAUUGGAGACAGGUUCUGCGGGUAGCAAAGUGUGUCAACUUGUGAAACAAGCAGAAUCACAAUUUUAAAGAAUGACUAAGUAUUUUAAAUGUAGUGUGAAGCACUACCCAGCAAGACCUGAUGCCUGUCUUUACAAUUCAGCAAAGUCAAACGUAAAUAUUUGUAAAUACAAAGUGAAUGAGAAAUUUUCCAGUGUUGGUGUUCACGUCCGAUGUAUUCAAUGUUUUAAUCAUAAAUGGAACAGUGCAGCUAUACCAACAUAUUAAAUAUAUUUCAUUUUUACAUGGAGACACAAAUAUGGACCAGGCUUUGGGAAAUACAAAAGCUUUAUAUAAAAAGGAGUGCAUCAUCAUUAUACAAAUAAUUUUCAAAGACUUCUCAACCACUUUGAACUUCCUUGCUUUAGCAUGCUUUUUUUUUUUCCUACGUCUUUUUUUAUUUGUCCUCAGUUCUUUUAUUAUUUUUUUUCAAUGACCAUCUUGUAACCAUAACUUAGUGAAAGGAAGAGAAAAGUAUAUUUAGAGCAUUUUGUGGAUGUGCUUACUUAUGGACUUAAUCUUGCAUCCUUAAAGUGUUUGCAUUUACAGGGUGGUAUUAAAAUAUUUUCCUGUAACUUUAAAUCUACAUGCCUCCAUUUAUAGAUAAGAUUCUGAAGCUGUAAUUUUUCCAAACUGUUGUAAGAUGAUUUAUUUGUGAUGACACUUUGUCAACAUGUCAACAAUGUUUUCUGUACACUGUGCAAUAUAUUUUGGUUUUGCCACUUGUGACUAAUUUUUAUGACUUUGCUUUUUAGAAAACUGGUAAAUAAAACAGAUAUAUUUUUAGUUGC